CCCCCGACACUAGCAGACCAGUUGGCAGUUGGCCGUCGUCAUCCGGUCGCGCUGUGUGUAUUUGGUGUGCCCUGCCACGGCUCGGCUUGACGCGCUGUGCCGACGCGACCAGAGUUAAUCUGCUGCUACUUAACGUUGCGGUGUCCAGAGUCUGUGUUACCGCCCGCUGUAGUGUGCCGCCCUGCGCCUCGCGUUGUGUAGUGGAAACAACUCAACUCCUACCGAGCACACAGCGCUACAACCAUGGAGGUGGCGGAAGAAAACAUGAGCAAAGCCGACACGAUCAAACUACGCCAGAAGUAUAUCGGCAAAUCCUGUCAACUGUUUUAUCGUGCCAAUCCACUGAAGAUAGUGCGCGGCCAGGGCCAGUACAUGUACGACGAGCAGGGUGCCCGCUACCUGGACUGCAUCAACAACGUUGCCCACGUUGGGCACUGCCAUCCGAAGGUGGUGGAAGCCGGUGCCCGCCAGCUGGCGCUCCUUUCGACCAACAAUCGCUUCCUGCACGACGAGCUGGUCCGGUGCGCCCAGACACUGGCCCAGAAGCUGCCGGGCCACCUGUCCGUGUGCUACUUCGUCAACUCCGGCUCGGAAGCCAACGAUCUGGCACUGCGCCUCGCCCGGCAGCACACGGGACGCCACGAGGUCAUCACGCUCGAUCAUGCCUACCAUGGCCACGUGUCCGCCGUGAUGGAUGUUUCGCCGUACAAGUUCAACCAGGCCGGUGGCGGUCCGAAGCAGGACUUCGUGCAUGUGGCACCGUGCCCGGACGUGUACCGUGGCAAGUACCGGGACUGUGACUACCCCGAGGGCACCGACCUGACCGAGCUGUACGUCGGUGAGGUACAGCGGCUCCUGGAUGGCAGCCCGACCGGGGUGGCCGCCUUCAUUGCCGAGAGUCUGCAGAGCUGCGGUGGCCAGAUCAUCCCGCCACCGGGCUACUUCCGGCGGGUGUACGAGGCGGUACGGCAGUCGGGCGGGGUGACGAUCGCGGACGAGGUCCAGGUGGGAUUCGGGCGGAUCGGCACCCACUACUGGGCGUUUGAGCAGCAGCAGGUCAUUCCGGACAUUGUGACGAUCGCCAAACCGAUGGGCAACGGGCAUCCGGUCGGAGCCGUCGUCACGACACCGGAGAUAGCGGAAAGUUUCGCCUCAACCGGUGUCUGUUACUUCAACACCUAUGGUGGGAAUCCCGUUUCCUGUGCCAUUGCGAACGCGGUGCUGCGGGUGAUUGACGAAGAACGGCUGCAGGAAAAUGCUCUCCUGGUGGGCCGCUAUCUCCUCGAGCAAGCGGCAGCCCUCAAGAGCGAGUACGGGUUGGUGGGAGACGUGCGCGGAAUGGGUCUGUUCGUCGGGAUCGAGCUGGUGACGGAUCGGCAGAACCGGGUGCCCGCCACCGACGCCGCCAAGGUGGUGGUCGAGCGGAUGAAAACGGUGCACCGGAUACUGGUCAGUAGUGACGGACCGGACGACAACGUCGUGAAGCUGAAGCCCCCGAUGGUGUUCACAACGGCAAACGUGGACGAGUUUCUCGUGGGUUUCCGCGAAUGUUUGGCGUACCUGCAGCAGCAGCAGCAGCAGCAGCAGUCGCUGGUCUCGGAGGCGAAGCAGAUGGCCGUGGUGGCUGACUCGCAACCGGUCCGCGUUACCCAUGCGCUCGCGACCGGUGGCGUUCUUCAGCACAGUCCCAUCGGUGGGGUUGGCCAGCGUGAUUCGUCCAAUCUGAUCAAAUCGAUUUAGACGAGGCGCAGCUUCCAUUCAAACAAUUAGUUAUUUGAAACUUGUUAUGUGUUUUCUCUCAAAAAUAUCUUAUCCGUUGUUAUCUUAUAUGUAUAAUAGGUAAAUUGCCGUUCAAACCGUGCGAUCCAGAGUGGAGUUUCUAAUCUUUUAAUCGAAUUGAGUUGAGCUAUAGUUGAGCCCGAGUUGAACGGAACAAUAAAACGGUAACGUUGCGCGCGUGUGUGCGAUGUAAGGGAACUCAUUCCAAACAGUUUCCUCGUGGAAAAGUAUGGAAUAGUUAUCAUCUGUUUGUGAGUCGUAUAUUGAAUAAUUACCUAUUAACUUACUGUCUAAGUCCACGGAACGCUUGUAUUAAAACGGUUCAAUAGCAACGGUCUAAUAGAACUGGCCACAAAAAUAGACUUGUCCACUGCGUCCGUUUGUAUCACGGCCCAGUCUGGCUAAAACUGCUCUCUUUUGAAUUCCUUCAUCAUUUAUUUUAUUCUCGCCUAUUAUUAAACCGCCAAGGCCGUCUCUUUUAAUAUUCACUUGCUUUUCAAUAGCCAUUCUACACAUCGGUAUUUCGUAGGUCUUUCAGUUUUCUUCUUUCUCUCGAUUGUUAUCGCUUGAGUAGCCAGCAGUUAUUGCCAGUAGUUACUGCACCAUUCACCGCGAUCCAGUUCGUUGUCUGUUGGUUUUACAAACAAAUACUCAUAAGCUAUUUUAAUUGCAACAAAUAAGACAAUGGAUGAUUGUUCUAAGGUGAGCUGUUGAUUUUGAUAACGGCAUUGGUGGUGCACAGUAACAAAUAGAACAAAAUCGAUGUUUACUGGUGGGUUCCACAAUUGUGUAUAUCAUAUAGAUUAGCAUACAUCACCAUCGUAAAGUACAUAAUUAAAAAACGCACCUAGAAGAUUGUUUUCGUAGAAACGGUUAAGCCAGCAGAACGACACCUAGCUAUCGCUACGCUUAUCAGAGCAUACAUCAUCAAAUAUUCAACAUGACCCGACCCUACAUUCAUACCACACAUUGCAAGUGAUAGUGGAAAUGAUGAUGCCAUUUUUGAAAUCUGCUUGCCUGUGGUGGCAAUUAAGGCGUAUUUCCGAAUUCAAAGGAAAUUGUUACCGGCAGGCCUGGAAACAAUCAUUUAAAAAUUUAAGACUCAUUAUAGAAAAAUAAAAAAAGGGGUACGAAAAACUGUUAGAAUGUAGUUGCAAACAAAAAGUUAAUGAAUAUCAAUGUGUAUCAUCUUCAACCGAGAGCUACAACCGCCGACGGAUGCUGGUCUCAAACAGAUACUCCCGUGAUCGAGCGUUUCCGUCCGCCAAAUCGUUAAACAAACUACUCUUGUACCGCUAACGAUACCAUCGCACCUUCUCAAGCGGAGCCUACAACGUCCCCUCAGUCCUUCUCAGGACGGCCCAAGAACACUUCACGAACUGGUUCAA